GAAGAAAGAGGGCAACAGCCCUGACAACCAUUACAGACACACUGUGGGUACAUGAGACCUUCGCCUGAAUCCGAGUUUGAAAAGGGAUUGCUGUUUCUGAGGUGACAGUAGGUUUGAUUCGGGAAUCGAGACACCUAUGAAGCAGUGAGAAUAUACAUUAUGAAGGUGGAAUUUGCCCCUCUCAACAUUCCUCUGACUCGGAGGUUGCAGACCGCUGCUGUUUUCCAGUGGGUCUUCUCCUUCUUGUUAUUGGGACAGUGCUGUGUGGGGAUUUUCCUCUUGCUGGUCCUUGCAAGAUUAUGGCUUUUGAUAGCUCUGUAUGUUCUUUGGCUCUACCUUGACUGGGAGACUCCCCAGACUGGAGGACGGAGAUGCCAGUGGGUGCGAAACUGGACUGUGUGGAGGUUUUUUAAGGAUUAUUUCCCAAUUAAGCUUGUAAAAAGUGCAGAUUUGGACCCACAGCACAAUUAUCUGAUGGGGUUCCAUCCUCACGGAGUCCUGGUCGCCGGUGCCUUCGCGAACUUCUGCACGAACUACACGGGCUUCGCAGAGCUCUUCCCAGGCCUGACGCCCUACCUGCACAUCCUUCCCUUCUGGUUCCGUUGUCCUUUCUUUCGAGAGUAUAUCAUGAGCGUAGGAUUAGUUUCUGCCUCUAAGAAGAGCGUCAAUCAUGUAUUAACCAAAGAGAAUGGAGGCAAUGCUGCUAUCAUAGUGAUCGGGGGAGCCGAGGAGGCUCUGGACGCACACCCUGGAAACCUAACACUCCACAUCUUGAAGAGGAAAGGAUUCAUCAAAGUAGCCAUGAAGCGGGGCGCUCAUCUGGUACCGGUGUUCUCGUUUGGGGAGAACGAGCUCUUCCACCAAGUGCCUAACCCAAAAGGCUCCCUGCUGCGAUCGGUCCAGGAGAAGUUGCAGAAAAUCAUGGGAUUUUCUAUGCCGCUGUUUCAUGCCCGCGGGAUCUUCCAGUACAGCUUCGGCUUAAUGCCAUACCGGAAGCCCAUUCACACUGUGGUUGGCAGACCGAUCCCAGUGGCCCAAACGUCAAACCCAACACAAGAGGAAAUUGAGUCACUCCAUCAAAAGUACCUUAACGCACUUCAAGAGCUCUUUGAAGAGAACAAGGGGAAAUAUGGAAUCCCUGAACACAAGUCCCUCAUUUUCACGUGACCCCAGAUGUAGUUCCUAGCAGCACCACUAGAUGGAAGCACCUGAUUGAAUCCGCAAUCUGCCCUUGGCACCCUAGCACCCGGUCAAAUCAGUUUGUGACCUUAUUUUUUGAAAGAGGCUUUUGUUUGCCUUCUUAUGUAUGUGAAUUCUGUCUCAUCAUGGCUUUCUUUAAAGCAGAAGAUAAUCAUCACUUAACAUCUGUCAUAGUAUAUAGGUUAAUGCUUUAUUUUUUUCCUUUAGCCUAUUUACUUUUGAAAUGUUUCAUCUAAUAUAUAAUAUACAGCAAAUGUAAAUGCCAAAAUAUUUCUAUAAUAUAUAAA